AUGGUGGCCUCUGAAUUCCCUAGAAGACUGUACACCAAAGGCGGUGAGCCAGCCCCGGAUAAAAGCAUCGGCUAUUAUGCUGAUGAUUAUAGGCUGGUACCUGCACUAAAGGCAGCUCUACAAGAUGAUGAAUGGGAGGAGAUUUACGAGUCAUCGUUGGGUGUCUUUUUAAAGUUCCACGACUUGGAUUUUGUUCGGUUUUCAUUGCAUGAGUUUGAGGAGAUCACCGGACUCAACUACGGGUACGUGGAUGACUUGGCUGUAACUGAUCUUGAACUUUCCGAUGACAUUCGUGCAUUUUGGGAGCUAAUGAGGGUCGAUGUCGAGUCGGGCCCAAGCACUAUCGAAAUUAUUGAAGCCUGUUCCAACUACUCAUCAUGGUCUCGGGAUGAUAGGCUGCGGUUGGGAUAUCUUGGGAUCUACGCUGGUUUCAUAGUGGCAACGAGACCUGGCUUAUCCACAAAUGUCAACCAUGCCAGACUAGUGAUGGAUCUCGAAGGUUUUAAGGAGUUUCCAUGGGGAAGAAUUGCUUUUCAGCAUCUGAUCAAGUCUGUUAAGGAGAAAGAUCUCAGCAAAAACUUUUAUAUAGAAGGAUUUGUGCAAGCUCUUCAAGUGUGGGUGUACUAUGCUCUGCUGGAUUUUGCUGCUGAAUUUGGCGAACCAUUGCCAAAUGAUAUUUCACCUCUUAUGCUGGCUUACAAAGGAUCAAGAGGACGAAAGAACGUCAAAGCCAACAUGCUAAAACAGGCUCGUAUACAGUGUUGCGUGGCUAAGGACUUGGCAGAUAUGUUUCCAGUUUGGGAUGAUGAGGAACAGGAUCCGGAUAUUGUCAAGAUUGUCAAUGCAAUCCAUGACCCCCAUUUCAAGUUCUCAAAAAACCACUGGCCUUUGGAAGGUGUUUUGGGUGCACACAUCGUCAAGGCAGAAGCAGGAAAGAGGAGCCUUCCCUCAGAUGAAUCAAGUCGCAAGAGACCCUGCACAGCCUCUACCUCUGCCGCCUUUUUCAUUGGUGAUGAAGGGAUCAAACUUCUCACCGAGAAGGUUGAAUCUGUAGAGCACGCGGUAGAAGAGUUGACUACAGGGUCGGCGAAGCACACUGAGGAAGAGGUUAAAGACAAUAGUAAUUCAGAUAAAGAUGAUGCUCCGAUGAAAGAUAAUGUCAACGUUGGUGCGUGUGAGAGUGUUAACUCCCUCGGGGAUGCAAAAGGAAAGAAGGCUGCCAUGAAAGAAGAAGAGGCCCCCGAGCCUAGUUUUUGUGAAAUUGACCCGAAGACGUGUGAUGUUGACUUCGAUGCAGUUGCAUUAGCCAAAAAUGCCAAAGCCAGAGCAGCGGCUCAGAUAGUUGCCCGAGCAACGAGUGCUAGAAAUUGA